CUCAACAAUGGGAGAAGGGCGAGGGCGACGGUGACGGUAGUAUUCGCAAAAAUAUAAUCCUUAAGCCAGGUUGAGGUUAAGAAUGAUCGCAUCUCUCUCUCUCUCUUGAGGAGAGGGUGGAUCUGCAAAGAUUUUGACAUUUUCUAAUUCUGUCCGGCCAGAUAAAUCAUUGACGGAAAAGUCGCAAGUCCAGUCGCAUUUGGAACUUGGAUUUGUCAAGAAGUUAGUGGCUUGUUCAUCUUUAUUUGCAUGCGAAUUUAUUGCAUACAUUUGUGCAAAAAAUAUUAUUGACCAGUGCGAAUUUUUAUUGUUGAAAAUAAAAUACUCGUAAAAUUUGAAAUCAUGGUGUAGUUUUGCAGACUACUACGUAAAUUUAGUGUUUUUUUGUGAUAUUUUAUUUCGCUACUAAAUAUUUUAUUGAGUGCGAAUUUUAUUUGCGAAAAUGAAGGAGUUAGGCGUCUAUUUUGUGGCAAUUAUUAGUUUAUCGUCCUCCGCUGAACCACCUCUCGGGCAGGUUUCAGGCGUGUACUGGGAUCAAGAUGGAGACAGCGUGGUAAUUGAAGCAUCUUCGGAUCAAGACUUGCAAUCUCUGGAUAACUGGAACAGUACAGAAAACGAUUAUUAUUAUUCCGGAACUCGUCGUGUAAAACGACAGUUUGGUUCGCCAUUUCAACAAUUCCAAUUUCCGGCUGGAUGGCCGUUCAUACAACAGCAACCCGGAGGGGGAGGUGGGGGCGCCGGCGGAUUUCCCGGUUUUCCAGGAUUUCCUUCCCAAUUUCCGGGGGCCGCCGGAUUUCCAUCGCAAUUUCCCGGGGCGGCCGGAUUUCCUUCACAAUUUCCCGCACAACCAACUCAUCCCCCUCAGACGACCACCACCACGACGACAACGACGCCAAGAACGACGACGACGGCGCCGUCUCAAAUGGGGUCUUGCGUGACGAGGAAUGGGCUUCAAGGGAGGUGUGCCACGUUGAGGGCGUGCUAUCCAUUCGUUUUUAGCUCGUUGGAAGGGGAGGAGGAUAAAUUUCGAAAUCCUGGCUUGGCCGCGGAUGUUCAGGAACGUGCUGGGUCAUGCAGUUUGCACGCGAUGCCGAACUAUCUCAUCUUCAGGGCGGAUGUCCAAAACAUGAUUUGCUGUGCCGGAUCGGACUCCGCGUCGCACCCCGCGACCCCGCCGAGACCCCACAUUCCCGGCGCGAGUAACCUUUUCCACCCGCAAAUCACGAUGCGACCUCCGUGGGCGGCCUGGAGUACGAGACCUACCACGACCACGACCACUACCACAACUACCAUGAGACCAUUACCCCCUCAACCCCACUGGACGACCCCUGCUCCCCCCAGACCCAGAGGACCACAUUUUCCUCUCUCUAUCCGAACUGGCCCCCACCAUUUAUCACGCAUCCGCCCUCCCAUUUUCCGUCCUGGGUGCACAACACGUUCGGAACUCAGGGGACGACCACGACCCCCCCGACGACACAGAGACCAUCGCACCACUGGCCGCCACAGCAGCAGUAUCCGACCCACAAACCUCCCAGCAUUAUGACCACGCCACCCUCCGUGACGCAAGCCCCGGUUUCGUCGAGUUGUGGAUUUGGAAAGAUUGUGGGGGGAAGUCAGGCGGCCAAAGGGGAGUUUCCUUGGCUGGUUUCCAUCAUGCGGCACGGGCGUCAAAUCUGUGGCGGAAGUCUGAUCGAUAAUCAAUGGAUCCUCUCGGCAGCCCAUUGUUUUGCCAACUUCCAACCGCACGACGUGGCCGGGUUGCGGAUUCAAAUUGGAGAUUAUGACAUUUAUUCGAAUACGGAUGGACCCGUGACGAUUCGUGGCGUGACGAAAUUAGUGCGACAUACGGGAUUUAGUAUGCAGAUUUUGCACAACGAUAUUGCUUUGCUGAAAUUGGACUCGCCGGUACAAUUUGGUAACAACGGGAAUAAUAAUAUUCAGCCGAUUUGCUUAACCAGAUCCGGCGGAUAUGAAGGCACCACCGUCACCGUGGCAGGGUGGGGCGGAAUAUACGAGGGUGGCCCACAACCCGCCAUUUACAAGAAAGUAGACCUCCAAGUUUGGGAUAAUCAACAGUGCGCCGCAAAAUAUGGUGGUCGUGCCCCCGGCGGAAUUACUAGUCACAUGGUUUGCGCUGGGUCUCAGAAUGCGGACGCGUGCAGGGGAGAUAGUGGAGGCCCACUCAUGCGAAAUACGGGAGGACGAUGGGAACAAAUCGGCAUCGUCAGUUGGGGAAUAGGUUGUGGAAGCUACCCGGGGGUUUACACUAGACUUGAUCAUUACACGGACUGGGUGGCGAGUAAUCGGAGACAUUAAUUAAUCCGAAACUGGACCAAUCAACAUCAUUCAUUUUAAUUAAUUCUUUAUAAUUGGAUUGAUUUGAGGAGGGAGGAAGUACACAAAAAUUAUGUACCUGCUGUUGCGUAACGUCGUAAAAAACGUCUCAUCUCCAAACAAGUGAUGACUGUCCCCUAAUAAAAAAAUAAGUUUAAUUCUUGAGGUGUUCUUUAUCUACAUAAUUAAUAGAAGUUCGAAAAAUAUUCCAAAAAAUACUUAGAUUUAUGUAGAAGGUUGUGAUAGUUUUGCAAAGAAGAGGGGAGAAAUUUGAGAACCAAAGUUACAAAAAAAUAAUACGAUUUGUUGCAUUUUUAUAGACUGGUAAUUAAUAAUUUAUGUAUUUAGGUUUUUGUUUUGUUUUUGUAAGUCACAGAGUUGUUAAAUAAUAAAGAAGAUUGGUUAAAAAUAUGA